AUGCAUUUGCAUUUUGAAAAAAAUAAUAAUGCCAAGUGCGAUUGUAACAUUUUAUCGCUUAGUUGGAUGGGAAAAGUACCAGAUGAAUUACCUGAGGAUGAGGGUUGGAAACUUAAUCGUACAAAUUACUACCAGGAAGGGUGGCUAGCUACUGGAAAUGCACGUGGUUUAGUUGGAGUUACUUUCACGACAUCACACUGUCGAACAAGAACUACUGAAAAUCCACUGAGAGCCAAUUAUAACUUACGUGGACAUCAAAGUGAGGUCAUACUCGUAAAAUGGAACGAGCCAUACCAAAAACUUGCAUCUUGUGAUAGCUCUGGAGUAAUAUUCGUUUGGAUUAAAUAUGAAGGAAGGUGGAGCAUCGAAUUAAUCAACGAUCGUAGCACCCCUGUCACGCACUUUUCAUGGUCCCAUGACGGCAGAAUGGCGUUAAUAUGCUAUCGGGAUGGAUUUGUACUAGUAGGAAGUGUAGCAGGGCAACGUUACUGGUCAUCAAUGUUGAAUGAUCAAGCAACCAUAACAUGUGGUAUCUGGACACCAGAUGAUCAACAGGUUUACUUUGGCACGACAUCAGGGCAAUUAAUAGUUAUGGAUGUACAUGGUGCGAUGGUAUCCGAAGUACAGUUAUCAUCUGGUAUUACAUCAAUGGCAUGGAGUGCGGAAAAAUUCAAAAUGGAAGAAGGCGAUGACGACGUAACCGGUAAUCAAACUCAACAAGAUGAACGCACUUACGUAUUAGCUGUUUGUCUUGCCGAUGGCAAUAUCGUUAUGUUACGUUCGUAUGAUGAUUUAUCACCGAUAACAAUAAAAACAGGUUUAAAAGCACCUCUUUUCGCUGAAUGGAGUAAUUCACGUAAAUUACUUGCUAUUGCUGGUACUAAAGAGUCGGACGGUUGCAUUUCAACAAAUAACCCACCAGAGUAUAAUAAUUUCCUAAAAUUUUAUUCCGACACUGGAACACUUAUUUAUACUACGGCUAUUCCCUACACACAGUGUCAAGUAUCUGCGUUGACAUGGGGGCAUAAUGAUCGGAGAUUAUUUAUUGCUACUGGUGCUAAAGUUCACGCAGCAUGGGUGUCAAGGAGAGUUGGAUCAUUGCAAUUAUUAUCAAGACUAGCAGUAAGAGCAUCUUUAACACGUGAAUCUAGUGUACAACAAUUGCCAUUACCUCCUAGGUUAAGAGCACUUGUUGCAGCCCUUUUUGCUAGUACAAUAAGAUCCUGUGUGCCAGAACCUCGUGAGCUACGUAAAUUUGUUUCACGGCCGCCACCUAGCGGUGGCCGACUUCACUGUACAAUGUUGCGACACGCGGGUGAACCAGCACCGUGUUACACUUUGUAUCUUGAAUAUCUCGGCGGAUUAGUUCCAUUAUUAAAAGGACGCCGAACAAGCAAAAUACGUCCAGAAUUUGUAAUAUUUGAUCCACAGAGUCAGGAUACACUUCAAAUACCCGAUUAUUCAUUUCCAUCAUUUAGCGAUGGUUCGGAUACAGAACGUGACACUGCUGAGUUAUGUGGAUCGCCACGAAAUAAACGAAAAAACCGACGAAGACGUGACGAUAAAUCUAAUGAUGAAUCUGAUGAUUUAACUUACGUUGAUACAUUGCCAGAGGAUGGCAGACUCGUUGAAGUAACAUCAAAUAUUUGGGGUACAAAGUUCAAAAUUCACGGUCUAACUGAUUCAGUGCCUGCAAAUUUAGGUCAAGUUACUUAUAGAACAUCACUGUUGCAUUUACAACCGCGUCAAAUGACACUUGUUAUGACUGAAUUGCGUGAUGAUUUACCAGCUGGUCCGGAUCCGUCAUUCAACCCAAAUUUAUUCUCCGAAGAUGAGGAAGAGACAUUUCAAGAACCCCAAGGGGCAAGUAGACCAAUAUCUGAGGCUACAGUCGCUGCCGCAUCUACGGCAGUACCGCCACCACCAAUAGCACCAAUGACAUCACGUAACACGCGUUUGAGCCAAAGUAAUAAUAACACUAAUAAUAAUCACAAUCGACCUAAAUCCCAAAUAUCGAAUCAAUUCAUUCCAACUGAAACGACGUCACCACUAUCGACAACAACCCGAGCUGACGAUAGCUAUGAUGAAGAUUUCCCUUACGUUGAUCGUAAUCAUCAUCAUCAUCAUCAUCAUUACCAUCAUCACCAUCAAGGUAUGCUUGAAUUUUGUGAAAAUUUACGUGCAACUUCAAGUAACUAUCGUACAUCGAGACAUAACCAGCCGCGUUGUUGCGAUGUACCGGCAUUGCAAUCACCGAAAAAUGCCGUAGCUCCAACUCAAACAUUGAUAGCAACUUCAAAUGCAAACAAUGAUUAUUCAAAUAAUAUACAACGCGUUAAAACGACUCUUAUUGCCGAACAACAACAAACAAUACGCAAAGAAUUCGAAAACAAUAAAAUAAAUAAUCAUGUUGAUGACAAAAAUUUACUAUCAGGUCAUCAUCAAUCAUUAACAAAUAUAAUACCGACUUUACAUUUACAAAAUGGCCAAAAUAAUUUACCGACACCGAGAUGUUCAACAAAUCCUGGUUCAACGUCACCGAUUUAUAAUAAUUUUCCUAAUAGUAAUAAUAGUUUUGUUCAUAAAACAAAUAGUAAUAAAUCAGGAUGUUUUACAUCAAAUUUAAAUUCGCCGUCUGGUAAUAAUCAGACAUUGACAUCAUCGAGUUUUAUAACCAAAAAUAAUUUAGGAUCACCAAAUGGUAACGCGUUAUCAAUAACAACGUCAUCAACUUCAUCAUCAUCGUCAUCGUCUUACACCCCCGGAUGUCAGUGUAUUCAUAAACGAAAAGAAACGAAAGUAACAACGGGAUGUUGCGGUAAACCUGGCGGCAGUCAUACGAACCAAGUUGGUAUCACGCAAAAUGGUAAAAUAAUUGAGGAGUUGCGUUUUAUUGAUGAAGAAUCGAAAGACACAGAUUUCAGCCAAUUUCGUAGCGUACAUCGAACACCGACAGUUGUAAGCAUUGGACCAAUGUGCCCGGUUUUAGAUCCAAUGGUACGAAGUUGUAGUGUCGGUUAUUUAGAUCUAGUUGAUGCUCAAAUGGUACCUUGUGAUGUUGCGCUUAAAAUGCUGCGUAAAGAAGCGCCUAAUAAAAGAUUAGUUUUGGUAUCACGUAAAACUAAGAAACGACGUAAAAAUAAAACACACAAUGAUAUUAAUCAGCAGUGUAAUAAUAGUAAACCGAGACUUAGAACCUGUGGUAAAUCACGGAGUUUAGAUUCUAGUGAUAUGUUUCCUAGCACUGAACAAAUUUUAUUACCGCCCCAGUUAUUGGAACAUGUGGAAGAAGUUGCUCAAAUUAGGGAACACGACGAUUAUGCUGAUGGAGGAAUUAGUAAAAGCGAUAAUGUCGAUAAAAUCGAAGUUGAUAAUUCGGCUGAAAAGGAUUUUGAUGAUAGCAAAAAUUGUCAAAAAGAUAAUGCACCUACUGGUGAAACAAAAUCCAGUGAUUCACUGUCGUCAUCACUGGAUGGUUUAGCAGCUCGACUUCGAGAUUUUGAUGAUGCCAAUUCAUUGCCACCUCCAUCGCCACGAUCUAAUACACGAUUACCCCGUAGUUCACCAAGUAGUCCAGCACCGACUAAAAAAGGCAAACGUCCAGCUUCGGCGUCUCCUAUUAGAAGGAGAUUACUCUCCAGUCCUUUAUUAAAUAGAAGGACGAGAAAAAGUCGCGGUGAGAGUUCUGAUGAUGAAGGAGCUCAAGAUGAUAGUUCUAGCAGGAGUUAUAGAAAUUUAGAGACUUUUCAAAAAGCACAACUUCGACAAAAGUUGAAACAAAGAGGUACUGGUACAUUAGCUAAUAAAGCUGAGGAACUUGUGAUGCACAAUAAAGCACCGAUGUGGAAUGAAUCGAGUCAAGUUUAUCAAUUAGAUUUCGGUGGACGGGUUACGCAAGAAAGCGCUAAAAAUUUUCAAAUUGAAUAUCGUGGAAAGCAAGUAAUGCAAUUUGGGCGAAUAGAUGGUAAUGCUUAUACACUGGACUUUCAAUAUCCAUUUAGCGCUCUACAAGCAUUUGCUGUUGCUCUAGCAAAUGUAACCCAACGGCUUAAGUAACCAUUAAUAUCUUUUUGAAUAAUUAUAAAUUAUUAUUUAUUUAUAAAAAAAAUAUUUACUUAUUUUCAUUAACAAUAAUAUUGUUAAUAUAUUAUUAUAUAUUUAUUGCAAAGAUAAAUUAUAGUUAUUGUUUUUAUUUGCAAUGUUUAAUAUAUUUUUAUCAUAUAUUAUACCUAUUUACCGUCCAAAAGUAUUUAUAUUCAUUUAUAAUGUUUUAUAAUUUAUUCCUCUCGUUGAAAAUUUGCUAAUUAUAUAUAAGUAAGACUCCAUUUAUUUUUGGGUGGAAAUAAAUUUUAAUUUAAACAUAAAUUAUUUAUUUCUUUUUAGUAGAAAGUGAUUGUCUGUCUCUUUGUAUGACUACAGUUCUUGCAACGAAAACUUAUGAAAGAUUUAAACUACAAAUCUUGUGCAAAACAUGCGCAAGCGCGGAAUAUAUUUUACAUAAAGCAUUGUCUGAGUGUAUUUGAAAUUAUAAAUAAAUGGGGAUAAUUAAUGCAAAAGACAUGCGCAAGAAAUUUUUUGAAGAUCUAUGCACAUGUCUUGCAGCAUAUUUGAGAAAGACAUUUGAUAUAUCUAUCUCUGUUACUCUACGUACAUAUCGACAUCUCGAUAAAUGAGGUAGAGUGACAGAGAUAUUUAUACCGUGUCUUGCGCAAAUCUACUGCAAGUCAUUUGUAAGGAUCUUUAAAAAAUUUCUUACACAAGUUAUACAUAAAAUCUUAGCUUAACAUCUGUGAGAGAUUUAUAGUUACACCAAGAAGUAGACACGUUGGGGAGUUUCUUAAGCCGUUUGCAUGCAGACUUACGCAAAAAUCUUUCUCGAUGAUCCAUACACAUGUCUUGAGGCAGAUUUGCGCAAGACACUUGAGGUAACUAUCUCGGUCACUCUCUCUGUACAUAUGUGUAUACUGUGAUCUCGAUAGAGGGGGUAAAAUGACAGAAAUAGUUAUGUCAAGUGUCUUGUACAAAACUGUUGCAAAACUGUCUUCAAAAGAAAUUAUUGCGCAAGUCUUAAUCAAGUUUACUGAAAGGACUUCUUGAUCUGUGUCUUGCGCAGAUAAUUGCAGUCAAUUACUGUCUUUAGUAGACUUGUAAUAAACACUUUUACUUUAGCUGUUUUGGGAAUAAAUUAACAACGUAGCGUGACUGAAAAAAAAAUUUGAAUCUCUACCACUAGAGGUCACGUCCAAAGUUCGCUCCCAAUUGAGUCUAGUAAAAUUUUAUAAUUUUUGUUUAUUAAUCUUUCGAAAACAAUGUAAAAAAAAAUAUGUAAAUUUUUUCACCCAAAUAUAAGUAAAGCCAU